AUGAGUAUGCUCAAUGUUGCUUCGUGUCAGGCCGUCGACGCCGUCCCUACCAGAUGCGCCACAUUCUUAACUUUCAAGGCAAAACCAGACGCCAGCAAUCUUGCUGUCAUUCGCGCAACCUUAGGUAGCAUAAGCGACCUCACCAAGAAUGUCGCCAUCCGAGACCUCCGCUCCAACCUGACAUGCACAGUUGGUAUUGGUAGCGACUUUUGGGAUCGCCUAACCCACGCGCAACGGCCCAAAGAGCUUCAUCCCCUCCCCGUCAUAAAGGGUCGUGUUCAUGCCACCGUCUCGACCCCAGCAGAUUUACUAUUUCACAUUCGCUCCGACAGGAGGGAUUUGUGCUUUGAGCUCGAGCGACAGGUCAUGGACAGAUUUGGGAAUUCUGUCCAGCUCACAGACUCGACAGUUGGGUUUCGCUACUUUGACGCGCGAGAUCUCCUUGGCUUUGUCGACGGCACCGCCAACCCUGUAGGACAAGCAACCAUGCGCUCAGCAUUUGUCACAAGCGAAAUCGAUGAAGCAGCAGCAGGAGGUAGCUACGUUGUGGUGCAAAAAUACCUCCACGAUUUAGCAGGUUGGAAGAAGCUCAAAGUCGAAGAACAAGAAUCCAUCAUUGGACGCACCAAGGUUGAGAAUAUGGAGCUCGAUGAUGCGGCUGAGGGGAAACAGGCGGCGCAUAAGACACUAGCUUCAAUUACAGACGAUAACGGCAAUGAGGUGGACAUCGUCAGGGACAACAUGCCAUUCGGCUCACCUGCUUCGGACGAGUUUGGCACGUAUUUCAUUGGGUAUUCGUCAAAGCUAUGGGUUAUAGAGAAGAUGCUGGAGCGCAUGUUUGUUGGGUCACCGCCUGGCAUGCAUGAUAGGAUCUUGGACUAUUCUACCCCUGUGACUGGGUGUACUUUCUUUGCACCGUCAGCAGAUAUGCUUGACAGUCUUGCUGAUAUUGAAGACUGA